UGUGUGUGUGUGUGUGUGUGUGUCCCACCCUCACGGGCUUUGUGGCCUAGGUGCCGAGCCGCUUCCUGGUCAGCCGCGCUGUGGAGGAGGAAGGAGCCACCAGGGAGGUGCUGCCGCUCGCUGCCCCGGGCAGGGGCACAGUUGAAAUCAAGGCAAUGGCUUACUACCUCAACUCACAAACCCACGUGGAUCCAGGGCCCAUCUAUGUUCGAGAAAAUGGGCAGCUGCACAUGGUCAAUCUGGCUCUGGAUGGUGUUAAGAACAGCCUGCAGAAGCCACGACCUUUCAGACUCUUUCCCAAAGGCUUUUCUGUGGAACUGUGCAUGAACAGGGAAGACACUGCACAGAAAGAGAAGACUGAUCACUUCAUCUUCACAUACACCCGGGAGGGGAAUCUACGCUACUCUGCCAAAUCCCUCUUCAGCCUGGUGUUGGGCUUCAUCUCUGACAAUGUUGAUCACAUUGAUUCCCUUAUUGGCUUUCCUGAGCAGAUUGCUGAAAAGCUAUUUUCUGCUGCUGAAGCCAGACAGAAAUUCACAGAGCCAGGUGCAGGGCUCAGGGCUUUACAGAAGUUCACUGAGGCCUAUGGGAGUCUGGUGCUUUGCUCGCUGUGCUUAAGAAACAGGUAUUUGGUGAUUGCAGAAAAACUUGAAGAGAUUAAGUCUUUCCGGGAGCUGACCCGCCUGGAUCUUUCAUGUUGCAAGCUUGGAGAUGAGCAUGAACUUCUGGAACAUCUCACCAAUGAGGCCCUGUCUAGUGUAACUCAGCUCCACUUGAAGGAUAAUUGCUUAUCUGAUGCCGGCAUUCGGAAAAUGACAGCACCAGUAAGAGUGAUGAAAAGAGGCCUUGAGAAUCUAACGCUCUUAGACUUGUCUUGUAACCCUGAGAUCACAGAUGCUGGCAUUGGAUACCUAUUUUCUUUUAGAAAACUAAACUGCUUAGAUAUCUCUGGAACAGGACUAAAGGAUAUCAAAGCCGUCAAGGACAAGCUCCAGACACACAUAGGCCUUGUUCACUCCAAAGUGCCUUUGAAAGAAUUUGAUCAUAGUAACUGCAAGACAGAGGGCUGGGCUGACCAGAUCGUUCUGCAGUGGGAGCGAGUGAGCGUGGAAGCUGUCCGACAGCGGAAAGAUGCAGAGCCUCGGAAGGCCGCCCAGUACUUCUAUCAGAAACGAGCUCUCUCGGAAGCCUCAAGGAAAUGUCCCCUGGCAGACACCCACAUGAACUCUUCUGGAAAACUCCAGUUCUAUAGAGAGAAGGCUCCGGACUGCCAUGGGCCGCUGUUGAGCCAAGAAUCAAAGAAGAGCAAGAAGAGAGCUUUCGAGGAGUCGGAGCAGGAGCAGAGCGCGCCGCCACAGUCUGCCAAGCAGAAGUGUGUGUGUCUGGCCGUGGAAGACUGGGACUUGCUGAACUCCUACUGACUGACACAGACAGUCAGCCUUUCCCCUCACUCAGCACAUGAGGAGGAGAGACUGCCGGUGUUCUUCUGGUUUGGAUUUACUUAUGGCAUUAGCAUAGCAAGCAGAUAUUUCUACUUUUGUGGUGGGGGAGGGGGCUGCUAUGGACGUCUGUAAUAAUUUCUAAUGUAUAUUUUCAAUACAUAGUAAUUUUUUCAAAUAAACUCUUUUGCUGUCGUUGA